AAUACAGCACCUUACCCUUUUCUUAUUAAAUAAAUGUUUACACCCGGCUACAUCAGCUUCUGGUCUUUUUUUAAAAUUAAAUGAAUUAAUAAUGGGCAUACAGAAGAUACCCCCUCUGUAUUUCCCACCAUUCCUCUCUUACCUUUCCCCCAGAUGGCAUUUGUUUCUGGUGCUGCUGCUUUUGGUCUAGGGCUCAUACAUUUGAUUGUCUUGUCACACCAUUUUUUCCAUCAGAUACAUCAACAAUAUGGAAACUAGAAACCAAACAAGUGUUUCCGAAUUCCUUCUCUUGGGACUAACAGAGGAUCUGGAACUGCAGUUCCUCCUCUUUAUCCUGUUUUUGUCCAUAUACCUGGUCACUGUCUUUGGAAACCUGCUUAUCAUCCUGGCUGUUGGGUCUGACUCUCACCUCCACACUCCCAUGUACUUCUUUCUUUCCAAUCUCUCCUUCACUGACAUCUGUUUCAGCACAACCACGAUCCCAAAGAUGUUGGUGAACCUCAAAGCACAGAAUCAGAGCACCACUUAUGGAGGCUGCCUCACCCAGGUCUGCUUUGUCCUGGUUUUUGCUGCUUUGGAAAAUUUUCUUCUUGCAGCAAUGGCUUAUGACCGCUACGUGGCCAUUUGUCACCCACUGAGGUACACGGUCAUCAUGAACCCCUGCCUUUGUGGCCUGCUGACUCUGCUCUCUCUGUUCAUUACCACUGUGGAUGCCCUGAUCCACAGCCUGUUGGGGUUGCACCUGUCUUUCUGUAUAGAUCCGAAAAUCCCCUACUUCUUCUGUGAAGUUAUUCAGGUCACCAAGGUUGCGUGCUCUGAUACCCUCAUCAAUAACAUCUUCAUAUAUUUUGCAGUUAGCAUGUUGGGUGGCAUUCCUCUGUUUGGGAUUAUUUUCUCUUAUACCCAAAUUGUGUCCUCCGUUUUGAAAAUGCCAUCAGCUGGUGGAAAGCAUAAAGCUUUUUCUACCUGUGGAUCUCACCUGUCAGUUGUUUUCUUAUUUUAUGGGACAGCUUUUGGUGCAUAUAUUAGUGCUGCAUUUAUCCACUCAUCCAGAAAGACUGCAGUUGUUUCAAUGAUGUACACUAUGGUCACUCCCAUGAUGAACCCCUUCAUCUAUAGCCUGAGAAACAAGGACAGGAAGGGAUCCUUGAGGAAACUGGUCAGGAGCAUAUCUGCUUUUCAUUGAUUAUAUUACCUCAUUUGGACUUGGGUUUUUAGAUUUUGUCAAGGUAAAAGAAUGCUCAUGAGGUGGGAUACUUGACUCUUCCAUCUCUGUGUUUGUCUAAAAGGACUAGACAACAUAAUGGCUAAAUGCAAUUCAAUUUGGUUUUUAAACCUGACUUUGUUUCUUGUGUACUGUGUGAUGCUUGACAAAUAAUUUCAACUCUCUAAACUCGGUUUCUUUAGUCAGGGUCUAUAGAAUCAGAGCCUGAGCCAGGGUUCUUUAUUAACUGAUUUGGGGGGAACAUUCUUAGAAUUUAAAAAGCAGGAAAAGGUGGAUAGGGUAAGUAAAGAAUGUAGGCAAAUCUGUAGGCAUAGCUAGAGACUAGCUUCAGCCUGAUCCCAUGGAUAGAGCCAUGAGAAUGGAAACCCAGUUAAUCCCAAUGACAGUCAAGGGAGCUGAAUUUUUAUGUGUCAAUAUAGUUCUUACCAAUACACGUCAUUGGUAAACUAUAUGUGUUUAAGAUAACAUCGGCAUCCACCAUGCUCCAUUUUAUUGUCUAUUGUUGUUCAUUUUAUAUGCUGCUAAGUUAGCCAUCAACUCAUGACACAACAGGAUCAUACCAUUAUUAUCCAUAGUGUCUUUUUUGGCCUAUUUUUUAUGAGCAGAUUACAAGGCCUUUCUUCCUUGUUUAUCUUAGUUGGAAGCUUUGCUGAAAAAUUUUCAGCAUCACUGCAACACACAAGUCUCCAGUGACAAUGCCUGAGGUGCAUUGGCCAAAAAUCAAGCAUGGAUCUUUCACAUGGAAGGCGAGAAUUCUGCCACUGAACCACUGCUGUUCCCCUUCAUAAUCUAUAAAAUUGGCAUAAUUAGAUUAUCUCAGUGGUUUCUAAUGAUUGUGAUAUAAUUAAACCUUAUCAGUGAGGAAGCCAUCAGUUGUAAUUAGAAAAUAUAAACA